AUGGCUCUUGUUGACUACUCCUCAUCCGACUCGGCCUCUGAGGCCGGUUCACCCCCGGCCAAACGCCGCAAGGCCACCGUCGGUGAGACCCACAGUAGAGAGUCGGACGGCACGGCUGCCAGUGCCGACAAACACAAGGCCACCAAGCCGCCCGACGCCUCAUCGACUUCACGACAGCAAGACGGCAACUCUGCACUCCCUCCUCUCCCCGAUGAAUUUCAUGACUUGUACGCUUCGACCGUGCGAACCAGCACCUCCGAUGAUCCUUCUCUCCAUCAGGGCCGGAAGCGAGCUAUUCCCCAUAUCGUUGGUAACUGGCCCUCUCAUGUCUACAUUGAGUGGCAUCCGACCGCAUCCCAACAUGCGCUUCUUACAUCUCUGCUUGAGAAAAUAGAGCCUUUGCUCAGCGCCCAGAAGCUACAUCCCCUACUAACAUCAGACCUUAACGCUCCCCUCCCUCUCCACGUUUCGCUUUCACGCCCGCUCUCCUUAACCACAGCCCAAAAAGAUGACUUCCUACCCGCCCUUACCUCAUCAGUCACACCAGCCGUAGAGCCAUUCACCUUAUCACCAAGGGGCAUAGGCUUCUUCAAGUCCCCAGAUUCGGACCGUGCCUUCCUUGUUCUCCGUGUCGCAAACGCCCUCGCCUCGAAGAACAACAACAGCAGCAAUGGCAAGAACCCACAGCUCCGCACCCUGUUGAACAAGUGUAACGCCGUCGCCCUUCGCUUCGAUCAGCAACCGCUGUACCAGACUCGCGCGACGGAGCUAGUCGACGACGCCUUCCACGUCAGCAUAGGCUGGACAUUUGGCCUGCCGGCUGAAGACGCGUGUCUGCAAACCUACGGCAUGCUGAAGCUUCCUGAUUUCCAAAGUAUCAAGGAGUGGGAGAUUAUGGUGUCUGGCAUCAAGGCCAAGAUUGGGAACACCGUUACUCACAUUCCUUUACGAGAUGGCAGAGGUUGUAAGAAGAGGAAUGGGGAGGGGGACGGGUUGUUCGGAUGA